UUCGAAUAAAAAAUUUCCACAAAUCCAGAGUUUCAGGCCGGAAAAUGGCGCCUCCCUUUUUAAAAUGCGUUUCAUUCUUCUCUAGUUUAAAGACACCGAAGAGGUCGGAGGGUAGAAGUUACACAUAAGACACUGUUCUUAUUAUUCUCUCCAAUAUCCAUCAGAGUCCGAAGAAGAAGAGCGAAGGAUUCGAAAACAUGAUCAUCAGGACUCCUCCUGCCAGGAAACGAAAGGUUGAUUCAAGCCCGGAUACUGCUGCUGCCGUCGCUUACGAAACCCCCGUAGCUGCUUCCAAUCGCCCUCUCGUGAUAUAUGAGGACCCCGUGCCGGAAUCCUCUCACGGUCAUGACCCCUCUGAGCAGAUGCUCUGCACUUACCAAUGCCGUCAGAUGGUUAAAUCAGAGUUUUUGGAUGCAUUGGGAAGUGCAGAGAAGCAAGUACAUGAUUAUCAAUCUAGAUUGGAGGCACUAAAUGAUGACCUUUCCAAGGCAGAAGCUGAGAAGAAGAAAUUCCGAGAUAAGUUCUAUUAUGCAGAACAAGAACUUGCUGCUGCCAAAGGGCGUGAGGAGGCACUUCAAGAGCAGCUCUUGAAGGAGGUCAAAGAUUCUUGGGAACGACUUGAAAAACAAAUACAAUCUUACAGUGAACUUGAGGUAAAGUUCCAAAAAGAAGGGGACCUUCGCAAGAAUGCUGAGCUGAAAGUAGCUUCUGCUGAAGAAAAAGCUAGCUUACUCGAGGAAAAACUCAGCCAUCUUUCUUACAGCAUAAAAAGAGAGAAAAACCAUCUUAAUAAUGAGCUCCUACAGUUAGAAGGAGAGGCAAAGAGUUCUGUUUCUCGAAUAAGUUCAGAUCUGGAAUGGAUGGAAUGCAGAGCAAAGAACGCAGAAAAAGAAUCAGAGCUGCUGAAGCAGCAGCUGGAAGAACUUAAAGAACAGCUGAAUGAGUGUCUGCAUCAGAAAAAUGAAGAGAAUAGAUUAUUAAAUUUCUCAUCAUCAUCAGGGGAAGUCAAUCAUGCAGAUACCAAUGUCUUGGUGAAGCAUCUGCAAGAAGAGCUUAGGAGCUAUGUAAGUUUUUUGUUACAUUAUUACUCUUUUUCCUAAUUUUUGGUGAGAUGU